AUGCUCGGAAUCUGGGUGGACCUGGACCUUGUUCAAGGUUUCGGUGUGAAUUGGGGGCAAAUGUCGUCGCACCCUUUGCCUCCGAACAACGUUGUUAAGAUGCUUAAGGACAACGGGAUCAAGAAGGUGAAGCUUUUCGAUGCAGAUCCUACGACCAUGAAAGCCUUGUCCGGCACCGGAAUUGAUGUCAUGGUCGGAAUUCCCAACGAAAAAUUGAACAAAAUUGCCCAUGAUUACGCAACUGCCCGAAAAUGGGUCAAACAGAAUGUCACUGCGUAUCUUCAUGACGGGGGCGUCACCAUAAGCUAUGUGGCUGUCGGGAACGAGCCAUUCUUAACAGGUUACAACGGUACUUUUGUUAAGGACGUCUACCCGUCGGUGAAAAACGUUCAAAAGGCCCUAGACGAAGCUGGCGUUGGAGGAAAAAUCAAAUGCGUUGUUCCCUUCAAUGCUGAUGUUUACGAAUCUCCUUCCAACAAACCAUCAGACGGGCGUUUCAGAAAGGACAUAAAGAAAAGCAUGUCGCAGAUACUGGAGUUCCUUCGUACGCAUAAGUCGCCAUUUGUUGUCAACAUUUAUCCCUUCCUUAGUCUCUCCCUAAGCUCCGGCUUCCCGAAAGAAUUCGCUUUCUUUGAUGGUGGUGGCAAGCCGGUUAGAGACAACGGUGCCCAGUACAGCAAUGUGUUCGAUGCAAAUUACGACACACUUCUUUGGGCGCUUAAGAAGGCGGGCGUCCCGAACUUGGAUAUCGUAAUUGGGGAAGUAGGAUGGCCUACUGACGGCCACGACUAUGGGAAUAGCAGAUUGGCGAAGAAGUUCUAUGAUGGCCUCCUAAAGAAACUGGCAAGUCAAGUGGGAACCCCUCUUAGGAAAGGGUACUUGGAAGUGUACCUGUUCGGGCUCUUUGACGAGGAUGAGAAAAGUAUUGCUCCGGGGGACUUUGAACGCCAUUGGGGAAUAUUUCGCUACGAUGGCAAGCCUAAGUUUCCCAUGGACCUCUCCGGCCAAGCAUCGGGACAUCAGAUGCUAAAAGGUGUAGAGGGAGUGAAAUACCUGCAGAAGCAGUGGUGUGUGUUGAAUAGCGAUGUUAGGAACUUGAGCCGUGCACUAGCAGAGUUCAAUUACGCGUGCUCGCAGGCAGAUUGCACAAGCUUGGGAGGGAAGAGGUCGUGUGACUUGGAAAUGCAUGAUAGAAUCUCUUUUGCUUUCAAUGAGUUCUACCAAAAAGGAGACCAAGAUUACCGGAAAUGCGAUUUCAGCGGCAUGGGAACAAAGGUGACACGCGAUCCCUCCAAAGGAGAUUGUCUAUUCCGGAUACAGAUUGAUCUACUAAGUGCUGCCGGGCAGAGGCACGCCUUAAGUUACGCAUAUGCAUCACUGCUUUUCGUCAUUGCCUUCUUCACAUUAUUUUAA